GACAUUGCAGAGGAGAUAUCGUUUCAGGCAUUCGAGGAUGACUGCCGUUUGCUCGGCAGUCUUCUCAAUGAGAUUCUCCAACGCGAAGUUGGCCAAACUUUUACUGAAAAGCUCGAACGAGAACGCAUCCUUGCUCAGGUGUCCGAUGAUCCUAGGUUGUGCUCUACUUUUUGAAUGCGUGAGCUUUGUAAGAUAUAUCAGAAAAUUGAAAGCCCGUUUUAAAGAUUUUUUAAAGGCAUGAAACUUUUGGCUUGAUAUGCAGGAAAAUACUAAAUUGUCUGAAAGUCUCUAACGUGUAUCGUACUUUGGCAUAUAGUGUAGGAAAACUGUUAUUUACAUUUGUGGUUUACUAGUCUGAUGGAACUUUCCAGCCUGCGGAAAUUAAUUAUGGUUCCACGGCAUUCAUUUUUCGGUAACCUCUGCUCAAAACUUUUCUUAAACGGGGAAUCGAGUGGAAAUUUGUACUCAAAUUUAGUUUUGAUUUAAUUGCCCAAGGAAAACGUUCAUGGAAUUCAGUGUCGAUAUGUAGUACGAAUCGGCCUUGAGAUUAUUUCAUUUUCUUUCUGGAUUUAUCAUAUGGAAUUGGUUUCUAACAAAACAAAAUUCAUAAGAAUGUGCCUAAACAUUCUUUGAAGACAUUGAAAAUUUGGCCUAAUAUGGAAGGAAAAGAAUCUUUAUAUUUGUUUGUCUGGUUUUUCCUUUUGGAGUCUGUAGUAAGUAUCAAAGCUUGCCUUAAGCGUAGGAAAUAUUCUAAACUUAUAGUUAAUUAGUCUUCUGGAAACCUUUUGGAAAUCUGACUGUGAUAGAUUGGCCCGUGGAAAAUAUUUCUGUUUGCAUGCCAUUCGUUGGGAACCUUCGCUUGAGUUUUUCGGCAAUUUUCAUUUAGGAUGAUGGUUGUGUGGAAGUUUAUGGUGAAAUUUAUUUAAUUUCCGAAUUGAAAUUCAGCACAUCUUGAUUCUUAAUUAUAGUGGAGCUGUUUUUGAAAUUUAUUAGAUCUUAGAUGUGGUGGGAAAUGGAUAGGAAAUUGAGGAGACUAGCUUUUUUUAACAUCAGUGUUGUUAGUCAUUUUUUCGCUUAUUUUGGGGUUUGUGUAAGAGUGCAUGCAAUUUGAGGAUGGCUGGGAUCGAGGAUGCUGCAGAAGUACUAGAAAAGAAGCUUGCAUUGGAAAUCUCUAGCAUGAAACUCGAAGAGGCCGUGGCUUUAGCCAGGGCUUUCAGUCAUUAUCUCAAUCUAAUGGGCAUAGCAGAAACCCAUCAUCGGGUACGCCGGACCAGAAAUACCGUUCAUCUGUCAAAAUCAUGUGAUGAUGUUUUUGGCAAGAUGAUUCAGAAUGGAACGUCUCCAGAUGAACUGUAUGAUGCUGUUUGUAAACAGGAGGUUGAAAUUGUUUUAACUGCACAUCCAACACAAAUAAACAGACGGACAUUGCAAUACAAGCAUGUGCGAAUUGCACAUCUUUUGGAAUAUAAUGACCGACCAGACCUGGGCCAUGAAGACAAAGAAAUGUUGAUUGAAGAUUUGAUGAGGGAGAUUACUUGCUUAUGGCAGACUGAUGAGUUGAGGCGUCGCAAGCCUACACCUGCAGAUGAAGCACGAGGUGGUUUGAAUAUUGUGGAGCAGUCCCUUUGGAAAGCUGUACCUCAUUAUCUGCGUCGAGUUAGUGCUGCCUUAAAAAAGCACACUGGUAAGCCCCUUCCUUUAAUUUGCACUCCUGUCAAAUUUGGUUCUUGGAUGGGGGGUGACAGAGACGGCAAUCCAAAUGUAACUGCUAAGGUUACUAGAGAUGUCUGUUUCUUAGCUCGUUGGAUGGCAGCUGAUUUGUACAUUCGGGAAAUUGAAAGUCUGCGUUUUGAACUUUCGAUGAACAGAUGCAAUGACAAGUUGGCAAAAAUGGCGUAUGAAAUCUUGGCAAAAGAAAAGGAAUCUGAGGAACAUCGUCAGGAAAAUGGAUCCCAACAGCCUAUUCACAGGGUGUCUAAGCAUUUGAAUAACCAGGGUCUUGUCUUGCCAACUCAACUUCCAGCUGGUGCAGACAUGCCGGCAUGCACAGAAUUGAAUGAUGGAGAAUCCCAGCCAUCCAUCGUAGAGUUCCCAUUGACAGAUCACAGCAGUACCUUUCAGUCCGGUGAGUGUGACAAUGCAGUGAGUGUGACCCUCUUAGAGGCUUCCUCUUUUCAAGGUUCAUAUGAGUUUGAAAAUGGAAACCUUGAUGUGGAUAACAGAACAGGCAUGGUUCCUGCCAGUUUAUCUUCAAGUGGAACAAGGAGUAUACCAGUUUCCACUAAUAGUGCGGCAGGUGGUCUUGCCAGCCCUCAAAGGAAGUCAGCUGAAUCCAAUGUGGGAAAAUCCACUUUCGAUAAAAUUCUUUAUCCAAGUAUUACUCAGCUUACAAAUAUUGGUCCUUAUAGAGUUGUCCUUGGGCACGUACGAGAAAAGCUUAUUAGAACACGGAGGAGGAUGGAAGGGAUCUUGGAGGGCGCUCCUUGUAGUUUUGAUUAUGAUCCUUCUCAGUACUAUGAAACACAGGCACAACUAUUAGAACCAUUGAUUCUUUGCUACGAAUCGAUGCAAUCUUGUGGCUCUGAUAUCUUAGCCGAGGGACGCCUUGCAGAUCUUAUUCGACGGGUGGCAACUUUUGGAAUGAUAUUGAUGAAACUUGACUUGCGCCAGGAAUCUGGUAAACAUUCUGAAACAUUGGAUGCCAUUACAAAUUAUUUAGACAUGGGUACAUACAGUGAAUGGGAUGAAGAAAAGAAGCUCAAAUUUCUUGUAGUCGAACUCAAAGGGAAGCGUCCCCUUGUUCCUCCAACCAUUGAGGUCUCCUCUGACGUGAGAGAGGUUUUAGAUACAUUUCGUGUGGCUGCAGAAUUAGGCAGUGAAUCCCUUGGAGCGUAUGUUAUUUCAAUGGCCUCAAAGGCCAGUGAUAUUCUUGCUGUUGAGCUACUACAGAAAGAUGCACGUCUAGCAGUGAGUGGAGAGAUGGGAACACCUUGUCCUCACAAAAUCUUGCGCGUUGUGCCUCUAUUUGAAACUGUGAAAGACUUGAGAGGAGCUGGGUCAGUAAUUCGGAAGUUAUUAUCAUCAGAUUGGUACCGAGACCACAUUAUUGCAAAUCAUAACGGGCAUCAAGAGGUCAUGGUUGGUUACUCCGAUUCAGGUAAAGAUGCAGGGCGUUUUGCUGCAGCCUGGGAAUUAUAUAAAGCACAGGAGGAUGUUGUAGCUGCUUGCAAAGAAUUUCAGAUUAAAGUUACACUUUUUCAUGGUCGUGGAGGAAGUAUUGGUCGUGGUGGUGGACCAACAUAUCUUGCCAUUCAAUCGCAACCACCUGGUUCUGUCAUGGGAACUCUAAGAUCCACUGAGCAGGGAGAGAUGGUCCAGGCAAAGUUUGGCUUGGCACAAACGGCAGUGCGCCAACUAGAAAUCUACACAACUGCUGUUUUGAUUGCAACUUUACACCCCCCUGAUUCACCUCGUUGUGCAGACUGGCGGAAGGUAAUGGAAGAGAUAUCAGAAAUAAGUAGCAAACAUUAUCGAAGCAUUGUCUAUGAAAAUGAACAGUUUUUACAGUAUUUCCAUGAAGCCACUCCAGAAGCAGAGCUGGGUAACCUAAAUAUUGGAAGCCGACCAACAAGGCGCAAACAAUCUUCGGCCAUUGGGCAUCUCCGGGCAAUUCCUUGGAUAUUUGCAUGGACUCAAACUAGAUUUGUAUUGCCUGCAUGGCUUGGUAUAGGAGCAGGCCUUGAAGCUGCAUAUGCAAAAGGAUAUAAAGAAGAACUACAAGCCAUGUACAGAGAAUGGCCAUUUUUCCAAUCCACAAUUGAUUUAAUUGAAAUGGUUCUUGCAAAGGCAGAUAUUCCCAUUGCUAAGCACUAUGAUGAAGUUCUAGUAUCUCCAUGCAGACAAAAACUAGGUGAAGAGUUGCGAGAAAACUUUUGUAAGACGGAAAAUUAUGUGCUGCUUGUUAGUGGCCAUGAAAAACUCUCUGAGAAUAACAAAAGUCUGAAGCGGUUGAUUGAAAGCAGACUUCCUUUUUUAAAUCCUAUAAAUAUGAUACAAGUGGAAAUAUUAAAUCGCCUCCGACAAGAUGUAAGCAAUCCUAAACUUCGUGAUGCAUUACUCAUCACCAUCAAUGGCAUAGCUGCAGGCAUGAGGAACACUGGAUGAGUUUGAGUCAAUGUGCAGAGAACAAGAGUGGGCUGUAAGUUUUUUCUUUCUUCCAACAAGGGCACUGGAUUACCAAUCAAAGGAUUCAGUGAAUGCAAACGGGUAUGGAAAUAUAAAUAUAAUACUGGUGGGCAGAAACUGAAAGAGUGAUUCAUGUUAUCCUUGCUGAGAAGAAAUUGAAGAUGAUGACAGAGAUGCUGUCAACACAAUGGGAGAAUUAUUUCUUUCACAGCUAUAUAGAGACCUGCUAAUGAAGAAGGAUACUACUAAUGAAAUUAGUGCAAAGUGAUAUCGUAUUCAAAUGAUAUGUUUAUAGAGGUUUGAACAUAGGUGAGUAGAUGUUUUUCCAAUUGAGCAUCAUAUAUGUGAUAUAAAGUACUAGAGAACUACAGAUAUAUUGUUCGCUGCAGCUGCUUGGUCUAUUCCGGAUACUGUGCUUUGAUGGACAUUUGUUAUUUUGUAGUGUUGCAAAUUGUGUUUUUAAUUUUGUCUAUAAAGCUCUCGGUCCACUGAUGCUGGCUAAAACCUAAUGCUUUCCCUUUCCAAAUACAUUUCAUAUGCUGUAUUUCAUUGA